UAAAGAUUAUAUUAUAAGAGUUGAUAGCUGCCCUGGAAAGACGGAAAGUGCUCGCCCCUCAGAGACGUCCCUUCCAUGCUGACUCGCAGGGCUGAGACAGAGUUCUGGGUUUGCAUUCUCCUGUGCUGGCCACCAUGAGAACCAGUCGACUCUGUGGUUCCCGACCCGCCCCUGUGUGAUGCCAGACCCGCAUAGUGGUACCUUACGCUAGCAGUGACGCUUAAGAUAUUGGUAUGCUUUACAAGUGGACAGUGGCUCGUGAGGCCUCUGUUGUGCUGUGACUGUUGUGUGUUACCCGCGUUGUGUUGUGGGAUGCGAUACCCCUGUUGUGCUGUGACUGCUGUGCUCUGUUGUGCUGUGACUUUAUUGUCUGUGCCCUAGAAAGUUUAUCGGCCUGCAAGCCAAUUGUUCUGUGCUGUCCUGUGCUGAUGCUCUCAGGUGAAUAAAGAGAGGUGCCAUGUGAACGAGCAUUUUGUUACCCUCCCUUCUCAGUAGCCUAGUGAGUCAAACCCUACGUGCCUGCCUCGCUUAUUGCUGGACAACGGACCCUAUGGAUUCCUGUUAGCCGCCCCUUGGCUGUGAUGCAGAAGAGUGAGUCGCCGAAUUUGAGUGUGACCCCCCCCUCAACCUGAUCAGCCACAGACUCGGCAGGCAGCAGUGGUAUGCAGAGUACCAGAGCAGGCUCCUCUACAAUCUCCAGCAGAAGAGAUGGUUCUGUCCUCCUGUCCAAACAGAAGAACAUCCAUACCUGCCCAUGCUGCACUACAGAUGAAUUGGUGCUGGUAAACUCUGGAACUCUCAGGAAUGGUGUGCUCACUGCCCUGCAAGACAAACAGGUGCUGGUAAUCUCAGGUGACACUGGAUUUUGGAAGAGUACACAGGUGCCUCAGAUGAUUCUGGACCAGUGGGUGGAGGAAGGCCAAGGGGGCAGACUGCAACAUUCUUGACAUGCAGCCCAAUAGGAUUUUGUCUAUCUCCUUAGCCAAGCAUGUAGCUAGGGAGCAAAACGAAACAGUAAGGCUCAAAGUGACUGAUGUUUGAGGUUGCUAUAAGUUAUGGUUAGAAGGAAUGUAAUAGAUUUGUAUGAUUUUAAGGGAGAAGUGUAGAUAUUUGUGAUGUGGAUUUGAUUUGUAGUUUUUGUGUGUGAUAUUAUUAGAGAGGAAGAUUAGAUAGUUUUGUUUUAUUAUGAGGUACAAGGGUAAAAAUUGAUCUGA